AACUUGUGCCUACCUUCCGCCACUUUGAGUGAGAAUACCACGGCACAAAAAAGAGAGGCGGUGGGGGGGGGAGAUAAAGACGCGACUGGAAAAUUCGUGCGUUAAUAGGACAGUAUCUUCUCGCGGUGGAGAGGAGGGAGAGACAACAGCUCAGCGCGCGCGCGAGAGAGAGAAAAAAAAACGAUUUGGUCUUGAGAGAGAGGGGGGUGAGUGCUCUCAAGGCAGAAAAUUCGAUGAUGACCAUGACAACGAUGGCUGACGGUCUGGAGGCUCAGGACUCGUCCAAGUCUGCUUUCAUGGAAUUUGGACAGCAGUCACACUCACAGCAGAGCUCCCCAUCGAUGGCCGGCGGCCACUACCCGCUGCACUGUCUCCACUCCGGCUCGCACGCGCACCAUCAGCACGAAAGCAGCCCGUACCCUGGGACCAACACCUACAACAGGUCGUUACCGUACCCCUACGUGAGCCAUCCGCACCACAGCCCGUACCUGCCUUCCUAUCACAACAACACGGGAGGACAGACAAGGUUAGACGGCGCAGAGCAGCAGAAAACGACGGUCAUAGAAAACGGAGAGAUUCGUUUUAACGGAAAAGGCAAGAAAAUUCGCAAACCGCGAACGAUUUAUUCCAGUUUGCAGCUCCAAGCAUUGAACCAUCGUUUCCAGCAAACGCAGUACCUUGCGUUACCUGAGCGCGCAGAGCUAGCGGCAUCUCUGGGACUCACGCAAACACAGGUAAAGAUUUGGUUCCAAAAUAAGAGGUCAAAGUUCAAGAAGCUGCUGAAGCAAGGCAACAACCCCCAUGAGAGCGACCCCAUCCCGGGCUCCAUGUCCCUGUCCCCGCGCUCCCCCUCCAUCCCUCCCAUCUGGGACGUCUCGGCCUCUUCCAAAGGAGUAAACAUGCCGACCAACAGCUACAUGCCCGGCUACUCUCACUGGUACUCCUCCCCACACCAGGACUCGAUGCAGAGAUAGACUGGCUGGGAAGGCCCUGAUACGGACCUCAGCUUUUGCAGGACUUUCCAACGUAGCCCACGUUUGUGUCCGGAUGCUGGAGAGGUCAGAGACAGAGGACAGAGAGCCUCUCUGCCGGAGGACAGAGCUGCCAAGCCUCGGUACGGGAACACAAACACGAGGACUGACCGUUUUUAAAUGGCUGUUCAGUGGUUCUGCUUUCAUUCAUGUCAACUUCUGAAUACACCAAAAAAUAUCAGUGACUUUUGAUUUCUCUGGGGCAGAGAACUCACGUUCUCUCCACGUGUCGUGGCGCGCCAUUUCCACCAUUUUUUAAUGUUAGUAUCAUUAUUUUUGGCCGUGAUGGACUCCUGACUGCAUUUAUUUUAUUUUUAUUUUAUUUUGGGGUUGUUUCACCAACAUGCAAAACCAAGCAAACUGUCUGUAAAUAUUUUGGUUGUACCAACACUUUUUAUGUUUCGUCAGAAUGAGUAAACCGUGACUCUAAA